AUGGCUGUCCUUGCGGUAAUCGUGGUAGCGCUGGUCGUCUACUGGGUCAUCCAGGGCAUUUACCGACUCUAUUUCCACCCGCUGAGCCAUAUUCCCGGACCAAAACUGGCUGCGAUCACCCAUGGCUACGAAUUCUACCACAACAUCAUCAGGGGAGGUAUCUUCAUCUGGGAACUCGAACGACUGCACCAAGUAUACGGACCGAUCAUCCGCAUAAACCCGCGGGAGGUCCACGUCAAGGACCCCGACUACUACGAUGAGAUCUACGCCUCCAGCCUUCGCAAGCGCGAGAAGGACCCCGUGCUAAUCAAGCAGUUCAACCUCGAAGGCUCCAGCUUCUCCAGCAUCGACCCAGACCUCGACAGACUCGUCUACCACUUCAAGGAAGCCCAUGCCUCGCAUCAGGUGGUCAGUCUGGACGCGGGAUUUGCAGCCUUGACCUCUGAUGUUAUCUACAAGUACGUGUACGGGUUCAACCCGGCUAACGUCGACAAGGAGGGGUUCAACGCCAAGGUCAGAGACGGAGUCAACGGGCUCUUCCAGCAAGCGCACCUCCUGUACUUUUUCCCCGUCCUGCAAACCAUCAUGAACUUGACGCCGCUGGAGGUCUUGCGCAAGUACAACCCCCCCGCGUUUGCUCUCGCCAGUCAGAAGAAGGAUUUGUACAAUCGGGCCGCGGCCGCGCUGGAGAAUGCGCCUUCGCGUUCCAAGGACAGCGACAGCGGGACUGUGAUUGAUGCUCUUGCGGCGCCGACAAUGCCGGCACACAUGCGCAAGCCGGAGCGGCUGAUGAACGAAGGAUUCUCCCUGGUGAUUGGUGGCACGGAGACGACGGCUCGUUCGCUUGCGCUCGGCGCGUGGCAUUUGUAUAGCAGGAAAGAUAUUCGGAACAAGCUCAGGGAGGAAUUGAAGCAGGCAAUGCCUACCGCAGAUUCGAGACCAACCUGGAACCAACUUGAACAGUUACCUUACUUGUCCGGCGUGAUUGCUGAAUCUCUGCGUCUCUCUACUGGUAUCGCGAGUCGCUCUGCAAGAGUCGCGCCUACGGAGGCGUUGGUAUACAAGGGCUACAGUAUACCACCGGGGACUCCCGUCAGCGAAACAAACUACUUCGUCCUCAUGGACCCCGAAAUCUUUUCCGACCCGCACGCGUUCGACCCGGAAAGAUGGAUACGUGUUGCUGCAAAGGGACACCGGCUCGAUCGGUACAUGGUGAACUUCUCCAAGGGGAGCCGGAUGUGUGUUGGCUUGAAUCUGGCGUAUGCGGAGCUCUUCCUGGUUACCGCGACGUUGGUGCGCCGGUUUGAUAUGGAGCUGUAUGAAACGCCCAAGAAGAAUAUUGAACUUGCUCGGGAUUUUGGCACCCCGUACCCUGAGAAGGGGAACUUGAGCGUACGGGCGAUUAUUACGGGUGUCAUCGAGUAG